GUCGUCGCAUUGCAACGUAUUGCAAAAAGCUGGCGAGCUGCACGCACACAAUCGGUUGCCGGCAUAACGACGACUUAGCUACGCGGCGGCCGGUUAGUUUCCUGACGCACCCCGAUCAUAUGCUUGAACUUGGACUUCCAAUCGAAUUUGCUGUGAGCUUUCCAUUCAGCGCUGCAAACUGGUUUAAAAGGGCAGCAUUCAGCAAUUUGCACUCAUAUGAAAACCAGUUAAGAAGCAAAUCGGGCGUGUUUCGGCAGCGCAUCGGUUGCAUUCGAAUGGUACAACUUCUACUGCACCAACUAACCAGCCUAGACAGACAGAGAGCAGAAAGCAUAAAAUUUAAGUGUUAACUUCGUGAAAAUAAUUUAAUAAAUAUCAUUGUUUAUAACGCGCAAAAGACGAGUAAAAAGUCAGAGAGAAAAACGCUGCCAUUUGAAACGUGUCGAAAAUUCGUGAACGCGUCGCCGACGUGCGUUUACAAAAUUGUGUGCUUUGUAGCAAAAAAAAAACUGCUUUCCGUAAAUAAAGAUAUAUAUAUAUACAUAUAUAGCAUAUAUAUAUAAUAAAAAAUUGACAUACGUACGCACCUAAAAGAUGUCACUCAUACCGUUCAUACUCGAAUUGGCCGAUGAGUUGCAUGAAUUCAAUCGUUGCCUAUCCACCGGUGGUAUGGAUGUCGACGACUUCGGUUUCGGUAUCUAUCCGCAUGAAUUGCAGCCGCAGCAGCAGCAGCAGCAGUCGCCGCAACAACAACAGCAGUCGCAACAUCCACUGCAGCAACAGCAACAACAUUUGUCGCAGCAGCGACGCCCACGCACCCUCUCCCAGUUUUAUUGGCUGCCAAAUAUAAGUAAAAGUCGACACCAUCCCUAUUAUCGUGGCAAACCAUGUUGCAACAAAACUCCCAUACAUUUGGUGCAAGACCAUCAGCUGGAAAAGGAAACAUCUUCGACUGCUGGCGGCGGCGGCGGUGGUGGCGUUGGCGUCAUCAAUUCUAGCCCCACAGCAGCCGGCACAACUGCGGCUGACAAGGAGUCGACAGCUACUAGUGCUCAUGCUACAAACUCGACGAACUCCUCCAAUACAGCUGGCAAUUCGACGGCUAGUAAAUCCGCGUAUUCGGUGGUUAAUAAGAAUGGCUUUCAGGUCAGCAUGAAUGUGAAGCAAUUCGCACCCAACGAACUGACCGUCAAGACAAUCGAUAAUUGUAUCGUCGUCGAGGGUCAGCACGAAGACAAGGAAGAUGGGCAUGGCGUCAUUUCGCGACACUUCAUCCGAAAGUAUAUGCUGCCGAAGGGAUAUGACCCGAGCGAAGUGCUUUCAACAUUGUCCUCGGAUGGAAUUUUGACUGUUAAGGCGCCACCGCCAGCACUGAAGACUGACGAAACUAUGGAACGCAUUGUCGAUAUACAGCAAACCGGCGGACCGGUACAGGUUCAACAGAGCGCUGCUAAGGAGCCAACAAAUGCCGCUAGUAGCGGCAAGGAAAUCCAAACCAGUGCAGUAACUGUUGUGGCACAGACAGUCACUGAUGCUGCAGCUGGUAGCUUACCAAUAGCGGUGGCAACAACCUUACAAAAGCAACAGCAACAGCAAAAGCAAGAAAAGCAGCAAAACAAGCAGCCUGAAAAGUUGAGUGCAACAGUCGAAGGUGUGCAACAACAGCCGACAAAAUUGUCACAGGCAACAACAAAAGACUUGCAGAUAACGCGCGAACGCAAUGGGAAACUGGAACCGAAUGAGUUGCUCGCCGAGCCAGAGACUGAAACACGAACAGCUGAGCAGACAGCCACGUCUUCCAACACCAGCACCAACAACAUAGCCAACAAUAAUAACAACAAUAGCAUUAAUACUAACAGUAACAAUAACAGUGGCGACACCAACAUGGACUGUAGUGAGUUAAAAGCCACUGCUACUUCCAAGGCCAUUUCGCAAACUGAAGUGAAAGAGACGGAGUCUGCAGUGAAGAAUGCCGAGCAGACACUCGCCGCUAUAGAGAAUGUCAAUAAUAAAGCGCCACACGCAAGCGAUGCCACAAAAUCAUCGUCGACUCUUGACGCCAUCAUGGCUGACGCUACAGCAGAUGAGCCAAUGGAGACAGAGGAAGAGCUCGAGUCGGUUACUAAGGAAAAAGUGGUCGCACAGAAGCCUAUAGUGGUCUCACUACCCACAGCUGAUAUUAAAGAUGAUGCAGCGUCCGCCAACAACAUCAACGUUAAUGGUGGUGUUAACUCAGCUGCAACAGCAACAACAACUAAUAACAAUUCCACUUCCAACGAUAUCGUCACACCAACUAACGACGCUGUAAGCGCCGCAGAAGCUAACGGUAUCGAAAAUAACACAACCAACAACAUUGAUAUCGAAUUGGCACCCGCAGCUAUUGCUAAGGCCAGCGAAAUUGUUUUGGUUACCAAUAAUGGUGUAUCCGAUAAUAAGACUGCCGCUACAGGCGAUAGUCUAACGAUCAGUUUAGAGACAACAGUAGCCGAAGUUGAUGGUGUCACAGCCAUGGACACCGAUGUCACUGUGGUCGCAGACGUUGUCGAUGGUGUGGUGGAUGCCGACGGCUUGGAUGGUGGUGUCAUCGCUAUUGGCAUCGAAGCCAUCGGCGUCGGCGUCGGCGUAGAUGUGAAUGUAAUCACGGCAGGCGACAGCAAUACUACUGCGCAAAAUGUUGAGGAUGGCAAUGAAGAGAACCUCUCGUCUGGUAAUUUAGUGGUUGCUGCCCAAUCGCCCACACCAGCUGAUCUGGUGGCGGCAGCUGAUGCUGCCAUACUUUUGGCCAAGACGCAAUGUGAUGGUGGUGUCGGUGAUGUUGCAGCCAGUAAACCUGCUCUGAACACCGAAGAGAUAACUAACUAAGCGCUAGAGAGAGUGGGAGAGCAAAUGGUGUGGUGGUGCAGCACGAAAGAUUUGAGCAUAAGAAAAAUAAAAAAUAUUGCGGAGUUAGGAAAAAAAUAACGGUAUAAGAAUUCACUUUGGCAGAUACAUACGUAUAUAUGAGAAAAACAGAACACAAAAAAGUAACAAAAAAAAAAAAAAAAAAUUGCGUUUACAUUUUAAGUACUUAACUAUGGUAGUAGCAGGUAAAAGUAAAAAUAAAAGUAAAAAAUAGAAACAAAAAGCAGAUGAAGCAAGUGAUAUAAAAAGUAGAAAUAUAAAUUGCAACAGGCGUACAUAAAAACGCCAUUUCCUACAUGCAUUCAUACACAUUCUAACAUAAAUUAAUUUUUAACAAACACACAUACACUUACAUAUAAAAAUAGUAGUCAACUGAACGCUAAAUACUAUUAGUUAAAGAGCCUUGCAAAUUAUAAUAAAUCGAGUAUGUGACAAAUUAUAAAGAUUUUGUAUUAAUUUUCUAUAUAAACAAAUAGCUUUUGCUGCUAAAAUAAACUGA